AUGGAAUUGCAGCUGCGUAAAAAUGAAAACGGAAUCGGAGAAACGGAAAUUAAAAAUCAAGAUCCACUCCAAAAGAUGAUUGGAUCAUUUGGCAGAUUUCAAUUACGUCUUUGCUUUCUUAUAUUUUUGACAAAAUUUCCUGUGGCCUUUCAUCAAAUGGCAAUAAUAUUCCUGGCUCCGAAAGUUCAAUACACGUGCGGGAACGCGACCAUUGAGAAAUGUCCUUGUUCUAAUCCUGUUUAUGAUACUUCGAUUUUUAAAAGGACUAUAAUCAUGGAAUGGGAUUUAAUUUGCGAUAAAAAAUGGUUGACUAGUUUUACACAAACAUUGUUUCAAUUAGGUACAUUGAUAGGUAGUGUAUUAUUUGGAAUGGCUUCAGAUAGGUUUGGAAGAAAGAAACCGUUACUAGCUGCCAUCGUUAUUCAAGUAACGAUGGGUAUAUCUGCAGCAUACAUACCGGAUUAUUGGGGGUUCACUUUCGUCCGAUUUCUAGUUGGAAUUUCAGUUGGUGGUACAAUGGUGAUUGGAUUUGUCAUAAUCAUGGAAUUUGUUGAAACUAAAUAUCGUGAUGUCAUUUCCGCCCUUUAUCAAGUGCCAUUUAAUUUGGGACACAUGUUACUGCCCGUUUAUGGAUAUUUUUUGAGAGACUUUUCAGAUUUUCAGUUGGGAAUUUCAAUACCGACAAUUAUUUUACUAAGUUUAUUUAUACUUUUACCGGAAUCUCCAAGAUGGUUAAUAGCUGUUAAUGAAACUGAUAAAGCCAUAGUUAUUUUAGAAAAAGUAGCCAAAGAAAAUAAACAACCAUCAGUUGAUAUUCGCAAAGAAGUUGAAACAUACCAACAAACAUUGCAACAAAAUCAAACUAAAAAAGGAAACAUAUUAGAUUUAUUUCGAACACCAAAUCUACGCAAGAAUAUUUUGUGCAUGGCGUUUAAUUGGCUAAGUUGCAGUUAUUGUUUCUACGGCGUGUCGCAAUACGUUGGUCAACUCAGUGGAAAUGUAUUUAUUAACGUAGCGGCGAGCGCAAGUGUGACCCUUCUUGGUACUUUGGCAUCAAUACCAUUAAUGAAAAUCUUAGGAAGGAGGACAAUCGUGAUAUUAUCUAAUUUUAUUUGUGCUUUGUGUUUACUCAUACUUUGUUUUGUUCCCGAAGGCAUAAGUUCGGUCGUGUUCGCAAGUAUAGGCGUGGUAACAAGUUUUAUUGUUUUUGUUGUUGUAUAUUUGUACUGUACGGAAUUAUUCCCGACUGUAGUCCGAAAUGCUGCUCUUGGUUUUUCAUCUAUGAUGGCGCGAGUUGGAUCUAUGAUAGCGCCCUUUGUUAUUGAAUUGACGGAUGUAGCGUUAUGGCUGCCACCAUUUGCCUUUGCUGUAGUACCAUUAUUAGGAGCUAUAAUAACAUUUCUUUUACCUGAAACAAAAGGUGUUGAGUUAAUGACUACAAUCGAGGAAGGAGAAAAUUUUGGUAAAAAGGUUGCAAAUACUUCAAACAAUACACAAAAUAAAUAA